AUGACGAAAACAGAUGAAGAACUGGGCUGGCCUGAAGGUAAGACGGCAAACGAGCUGGAUGCUGAUGAUGACAUUGCUGAAGCCGAAGCAAACCACGGCCUUGCUGGAACGUCAGUGGGUGCAAUCCCAAGCACUGACAGUGCAAAUGUUCUAGGAGACCGCAAGACCAAGCGAGUGCCCACAGACCAUCAUAUGGAAACUAUGGUUGUUGGUCAACAACAAGUUGGUGCCAUUCCCAGUACCAGUGGGCCCAAUGCCUUGGGAGGACGCAAGAUGAAACGAUGCCCUACAGACUCUCGUCCCACGACGACCCCCCAAGGUUCUGUGCAAGCUGAGCAGCAGGAUGGUGAAGACGAACAGAGAGUUGGUGCUGUCCCCAUCCUGGGAAUUGGGGCAGACGAGCCCGCCCCUGUGGAGCCACCCGCACCCGAGCCCAACCUUGUGAAUACCGAGGCACCUAGUGCUGCCGAGGAAGAAGCCAAUGAUCCUGUCCCCAGCACCAAUGGGCCUAGGCCGGGAAUAGGGGGGGAGUCCACCCCAGUGGAGCCACCCGCACCUGAGCCAAAUUGGUUGAUGAAUACUGAGGCACCUCCUGUUGCCGAAGAAGAAUCCAACGAGCCCGUGGCCAUACCUGUGGAGGAUCAUGGAGACUUGGAAGCAGCAACACCCGUGGAUUUAGAACAGAAAGCACAUCGAGGUUCUUCGAGGCGUGACCGAGAUAUGCAGCUCUGUAUUGGUGGACUGGGCGUCCUGGUGUUGCUUCUGCUUUCGCUGUGUCUAUGGCUGUGGUCACAAAAUUCGAAACAAGAUGGAAUCGACCAGCCAACAACAGCUCCUAAUACUACGGAAGCGCCAAUGGCAAACAUCAGUGCCAGCAAUGUCAAUGACCCUGUCAGUCUUUCCCCAGGAGGGGACCUGCUAGGCCUGUUGCCAGAGUACACUCAAGCCAGAAUUCAGAGAGGAAGCACAAAUCCACAAACCAAAGCUUAUGACUGGCUCCUGGCAGACCCACAGUUUCUCAACUAUUCGGACUCUCGUUUGCUGCAACGAUAUGCCAUGGCUGUCCUGGGCUACUCAGCAGAAUUGGAAGGUAUUCGGCAUGAUUGGCUCGAUCAUGACUACCAUGAAUGCGACUGGGAGCAAGAUGCAGCACCUAGGAAUUUCAUCUUGAAGAGCAAUUGCAAUCUGGAGGAGGAAAUUCAGCGUUUGUGGUUCUACGAUGACCAACAAGGUUCGCUGCCACCAGAGCUGGGCCUUUUAACCACUGUGAUCAACGUCGGCAUGCAAAACGGCAAACUCACGGGGGUCCUACCGAGCCAAAUUGGGCAACUCCGAGACCUCGAGAUUCUUUCGAUCCAUACGAAUGGCAUUUCUGGCAGCCUGCCCACCGAGCUUGGUUUGUGCCAGCAGCUUCUCGACCUUCGUAUCCACCAAAAUCUUCUGGGUGGGCCUCUUCCCUCGGAGAUGGGGAUGAUGUCUCGUCUUCGAUAUUUUUGGGGCCUGGACAACAUGUUCACCGGCCCACUGCCUUCCGAACUUGGCCAAAUGCAAGAACUGAUGGGGAUGGAGCUCUUUGCCAACAACUUCAAUGGCACAAUACCCACUGAAUUAGGAAAGCUGGUAAACUUGGGCGAGUUCACAGCAGAUGAGAAUCAGUUCUCAGGUCCCAUCCCCAGUGAGUUUGGAGAGUUGUCACACUUGGCAUUGUUUUUCAUUCAAGGUAACCGGCUGUCGGGCGCUAUCCCCUCCGAACUUGGUAGGAUGAGUUCAGUCUACAGGUUUUACUGCUACGCCAAUGAGCUCUCAGGUAGCCUGCCGACGGAACUUGGUACGAAAGAGUCUGUGAUGGUUUGUGUAUGGUUGCUUGACCGUUCUUCCUCUCUGUUUACCAUCAAAUCGUUUGCACCAACAGGACUCAUGUCAAGAAUGGAGAUUGCGCUUCUCCAUGACAACCAACUUACUGGUUCGAUCCCUUCGGAGCUGGGCGGAUGGACGAGACUGUGGGCAACGUAUCUCAAUUUCAACAUACAAACAGGUGUCAUUCCUCAUGAAUGGGGAGAUGCGUUGACACUCAAAUAUGACAACGGCACAGACCGCAAUGUAUUCGGUGGAGCUCUGCCAUCCGAGCUGGGACUACUGUCCAGCCUCCACUAUUUCUGGCUGCCAAAUGGUAAUCUGGAAGGUACUAUUCCAUCGCAAUUUGGUAUGAUGUCGGCACUGUCCGCAAUGAGUUUGGCCAACAACAGUCAGUUGGGUGGAAGUGUCCCAGCGGAGCUGUUGGCUUUGCGAAAUGUAUCCCUGGUUCACUUGAAUGUUUCUGGCACCAACGUUAUCCGUGCCUAA